GUAGCCCCACCAGAGAAGAAAAAAAAGAAAAUAUUUGGAAGGAAAAAAAAUCCGCUAAAUCAGUGGUUUUGGCUGGAUUUGGACGCAGUUUCCGAACUGUCCUGCCCCGAGGGAGUCCUGGGGAGGAAAGAAAAUCGGCAGCACCGGAAUGAUGGAAGAUUCCCAUUUUAACUCCCCAUACUUUUGGUCUCCCGUUCCUACAGUGCAAGGACAGAUCGAAAACGCCAUGUUCCUGAACAAGAUGAAGGAGCAGCUGGGCCCCGAGAAGAGCCCCUCCUCCUUCGCACACUCCUCCACCUACCCCACUGCAGUGCUGACUGUGCCAGGCUCCAUCACCAUGGAGGCGGGGGCGCGGGCCCCCAAGCAGGAAGGAGGUGUGGCCACCUCAUUAGCAGGUUCCCUACACCCUCCACACACGUCUCAGAACAUCACUGUGGUGCCUGUGCCCUCCACCAGCAUCAUGACAGCAGCUGGGCUUGUGAUAACCACUCCCCAAGGCACUUUGGUCUCUCCACCCUCUUCAUCUCAGUCUUUUGUUUCUGGAUCCCCGGCAACCACCAUGAUAGUGUCUACACUGCACCCCCCAAACGCAGACGCAGGCCGUCCCUCCUCUCUUUACCGGUACAGCCACAACAAGAAGGAUGAUGUCACCAUUUCUCCCGCUGUGGUAAUGACGACCCCUUCAAAGCGGGGUAGGAAGAAGAAGUCCGUGAUGCCGAGGGCGGGCGUGCUGAGCACACACACACUGGCCACCGGGAGUGACGCGCUGAUCCUGGCGCACCUCGCCACGGGGGCCCAGCAGCAUGCGGCUGAUCCUUAUGAUCUGUCCAACGAUGAAGAUGAUCAUGCUGGUAAAGAUGGAAACAAGUCCUACAGGUGCCGCAUGUGUGCAGUGACCUUCUUCAGUAAGUCAGACAUGCAGAUCCACGCCAAGUCGCACACGGAGGCCAAACCGCACAAGUGCCCGCACUGCUCCAAGUCCUUCGCCAACUCCAGUUACCUGGCACAGCACAUCCGCAUCCACAGUGGGGCCAAGCCCUACACCUGCACCUACUGCCAGAAGACGUUCAGGCAGCUCAGCCACUUACAGCAGCACACGAGAAACCACACAGAGGGCAAACCAUACAAGUGCCCGCACUGCUCCAAAUCCUUCACCAACUCCAGCUACCUGGCGCAGCACAUCCGCAUCCACAGCGGGGCCAAGCCCUACACCUGCUCCUACUGCCAGAGAACAUUCAGGCAGCUCAGUCACUUACAGCAGCAUAACAGGAUCCACACCGGAGACCGGCCUUACAAGUGUGUGCAUCCUGGCUGCGAGAAGGCGUUCACUCAGCUCUCCAACCUGCAGUCCCACCGACGGCAACACAACAAGGACAAGCCUUUCAAGUGCCACAGCUGUCACCGUGCAUACACGGACGCCACUAGCCUGGAGGUGCACCUGUCCACCCACACCGUCAAACACGCCAAGCUCUACUCCUGCGGCCUCUGCAACCGCUCCUACACCUCGGAGACUUACCUAAUGAAGCACAUGCGCAAACACAACCCAGACCCACUGACCGUCGCUGCAGCUGUAGCUGCACAACAGGCACAGCAGCCGCCCAAUCAGAGCCAGGCUCCUGGGGGAGGCGGGCAGAGCCGGGGAGAGGGUGGGGCUGGUGUUGUAGGUGGGGCUGGCAGUGGGGGUGGAGCCAGUCAGGGGCAAAACCAAGGCAACCCUAACACUCCCCGAAGUUACCCCCAGGCCGAAGGGGUUCCGUGCCCAUUUGACCUGCACCAGUACAAAACUGUGUCAGCCGGGGAGAUCCAGUACAAACCAGUAAGCGUGGCUGAUCUAGCUGUCCAUAAAGACCUCUGUCUGACUGUGUCCACCUCUGCCAUUCAGGUGGAGCACUUAAAUUCAUAAGCUUUGGUGAGCAGGAUGAAGAUGUACAGACCUCAUGCUGACUGAAAGGAGAGGCUGAGGGGGUGUACCAGAACUGCUGGCGGGGGGUUAUUCUCAAUCCUCAAAGUGAUGAUGAGAGAGAGAGGUACUCGCAUGUUUGUGGAUGGAAAGGAUGGCAUCACGAGUACAUAGAUACAUUUUUCUAGUUUCUCACCUUUCAUUUUAAAUUUGUCUUUUAUUUCAUUUUAUAUUGUCUGAGCGAGGCUGUAGGGGCUGGGGGGGACAUUUUGCUAUCAUUUUAUACUCCCUGUUCCUCCCUAAAACCUUGUUGACAAAGGCGAUGACGUUGAUUGUGAUGAUUAUCAAAACAAUAUAUGAUUUCCAUUGUCUGCCACUAUUUGGGAGGCUUUUUAUAUAGGCUUUCAGUCAAAUAGUUACAGUAGUUAUUGUUAUGUCAUUAUUGUUUUUAUUACUGGUUGGAAAUAACUGUAAUCUUUAUUGUAAAAUAUUUAGAAAAAAGAAACCUUUUUCAAAAAGGGAAGAAUGAUGUUUUCACUUCUUAAAAAAUAUUAAAAAGUAUUUAAAAAGGUAAUUCAUACUGAAUCACUGACAUGCAACACGACAGCAGCCAAUCACCGAGCCUGUUCUGCCCGCCGGGGUGAGUGCUUGUUUGUCAUUGGCUGGUUCUUGUUUUGUAAUCCUGUAGCAUUUCAUUGUGUCUUUCCCAAUAACAUGGUUCUUAUUAAACUUACUAUUAAUGGUAUUACUAUUGCUCCCACUACUAUUAAUACUGUUAUUAAGUAUGCAUACAUGAUGCUCCAUGUUGUAUAUAUUGACACAUCUGAGGCAAAUAUUUCUCCUUGCAGGACAAUAAAAGUCACGCAUAAAAAGA